UAUAUCAUGCCAUGUGGCAGUUAAGUUGAAAUAUUUCCUGUAUUCCAGUCUCUUUUAUCUUGAAGUAGUAUAGUUGUUAGGAUGGCAGAAAAUGAAGAGGAAAAAGACACAACCAAAAAGUAUCCUGCGGUAGCCCUGUAUGGGCCUUGUACAGUGAAAAAUUUGAGAGAGGGUGACACAAAGUUGUGGUGCGCAUGUGGACUCAGCAAGUCACAGCCAUGGUGUGAUGGAUCUCACAAAGGCACUGGUAUCAAACCACUAAAAUGGACAGUUCCCAAGGCACAGUCUCUGUACCAAAUAUGUGCCUGCAAAUACACCAGAGAUCCACCAUAUUGUGAUGCUACCCAUACAAAUCUCCCAUAAGAGGUGUUAGACAGGCAGAAAACUUGUACGGAACACAGUGCGC